CGCACGGGCACGGCACGCGGAUCUGAACCGGCCAGGAGGCCCUCUCCCAGCGGCGGGCGCCCGCGCGCAGCAACCUGCUCCCCCCCUGUCCUGUGGCAUCGGCUUCCAAUCCGGUCGAUGCGCCCGAUGGAGACGGAGGACAGCGUCGGGUGGGACUUCCUCGACUGGCUCGGCCCGGACAUCUCCACCACCAUCUUCCAGCUCCUCGACGACCCCGCGGACCUCGCCCGCGUCGCCGCCGUCUCCCGCUCCUGGCGCCGAUUCGUCGCCGUGAACAAAUUCAGCAAGCACCUGUGCAGGCAGAUAUGUCCGGAGGCCGCCAGCUUCACCCGCGCGGUCGUGGUGGCCCGAUUGCCGCCGCCGCCGCCGCCGGCGGCGCACGCCGCGUGCGAGUCCAGCCAGGUCGCCGAGUGCAGGGCCCGCGAUGGGGAGCACGCGGCCUACUCCUACCUCGCCGGCGCGCUCGUCUCCGGCAAGCCCGCCACGGACCUCGUCAUGCGCUGCGUCGGCGCCUCCAGCACCGACAACUUCCCCGACGAGACCAUCGAGAACACGCUCGUGCCGCACGACAUGGUUAACUUCCGCCCCUCCUACUGGUCCAGCGGCGGCGAGGACGACCCCGAUGUCCCCGAGAGCUUGACCUACACGCUCGCCUCUGAUCUCUGCGUCAUCGAGGAGAUCAGGAUACGCCCGUUCGAAGCUACUUUUCAGCAUGGCCAUCCGAUUUACUCUUCGAAGGCGGUGAGAAUCCGGCUGGGUCAUUCCAAGCUUGACCCUGGAAGAGAGACUUUUGUUUCGGAUGAGGAUGAGAACCUGACUGCGAUCGCUGAUGAGAACUACAUGUGGACAUACACGUCGCCAGAGUUUCCUAUGCUUCAGGAAAAUGUGUUGCAAACCUUCAAGCUUCCACGCCCGGCUCUUUGCAUUGGUGGUAUAGUGAAGAUUGAACUACUGGGGAGGAUACAGAAACAAUUUACAGAUGAUAAGUAUUACAUAUGGUGAGUUCUCAACUUCUGAUGUUGGUGUUGGUUGGUCACCUGUUUUUUCCUUCAUGGUUCCCUUCACGCGCGCUCGUUAACAUUGUCUCAAUCCAGUUACAAGAAGGAAACAUGCAUGGCCGUUAAUUUGUUAUAUGAAUUUUGAACUUGCGUAUAAUGUACAGUUUCGCGCUGGGAUAGAACUAAAGGAGUGUGUGCUACUUAUUUUCGCUGCAGCCUAAAAGUAGUUUGUCUACAGAAGAUCAUUCUCUAUGUGAUCCUAAUUACCUUUCCUGUAAUUUUGUCUUGAUCCUUGUGUCCAAGCAUGGUUUAUGUAUUGCUUGUCUGUGCAGACACAUGCCAUCUUGGAUGGUGAAAUUUCUUUGUCCACUUAUAAAGUAGAGUUAGCUUUCUUUAGCACGUCUGAAGCAUUCCCUUGGAUAUGCGUCAUCUCUGCGACGUUAACAGCUUUGUUUUCUUUUUGCACGCUGACAGUGUCUGCCAUGUCCAAGUGACGGGGCGCUCGCUCUCACCAGAUUUAAUGAUAGACCUCUCCGAUCCUGCUGGUUACUCGAACCUCAAGUAUCUGCCGGGUGCCGGUAACUUGCGCCCAGAAGACCUAAUCAGCAUUGACGCCAAGGACUCACCGGACUGGCGCUCGCUUGUUUCCAGGUACAGGCAGAUGAGGCAACUGGCUAUGGUGUACAUGCUGCUUGGACCCGUGCAGUUGCAGUUUAUGGAUGAAGACGAAGCUGACUUGCAGAUGUAGGCUUUGUUUUCCCUGAAUCCGAUCUUGUGUAUCCUAAUUGAACAGAGCUUGCUCUGAUAAAUAUAGCGAGAAAAGAUAUGUGUCGCUGUU